AUGGGUGACUGGAGUUUCCUGGGGAACAUUUUAGAGCAGGUGAACGAGCAGUCCACUGUCAUCGGGAGAGUUUGGCUCACGGUGCUCUUCAUUUUCCGCAUCCUGAUCCUGGGAACAGCUGCCGAGCUAGUGUGGGGAGACGAACAGUCAGACUUUGUGUGCAACACCCAGCAACCUGGUUGCGAGAACGUCUGCUAUGAUGAGGCCUUCCCCAUCUCCCACAUCCGGCUCUGGGUCCUGCAGAUCAUUUUUGUAUCCACGCCUUCGCUAAUGUACUUUGGGCACGCGGUGCACCACGUCCGCAUGGAGGAGAAGAGGAAAGAGAGAGAGGAAGCUGAGAGGCGUCAGCAAGCUGAGGUGGAUGAAGAGAAGCUGCCCCUGGCUCCGAAUCAAAACAAAGGCAACAACCCUGACGGGACCAAGAAGUUUCGCCUGGAGGGUACCCUCCUGAGAACCUACAUCUUCCACAUCAUUUUCAAAACCCUCUUUGAGGUGGGAUUCAUAGUAGGUCAGUAUUUCCUAUACGGCUUCCGAAUUCUCCCCCUUUACCGCUGUGGGCGGUGGCCCUGUCCCAAUCUUGUGGACUGUUUUGUCUCCAGGCCCACGGAGAAGACCAUCUUUAUUAUGUUCAUGCUGGUGGUGGCUUCUGUGUCCCUCUUCCUCAACCUGGUGGAGAUCAGUCACUUGAUCCUGAAAAGGAUCCGGAGGGCUCUGAGAAGACCAGCGGAGGAACAGCUGGGGGAGGUCCCGGAGAAGCCCCUCCAUGCCAUCACAGUCCCCUCCAUCCCGAAGACCAAAGGCUACAAGCUGCUGGAAGAAGAGAAGCCGGUGUCCCUCUACUUCCCUCUCACGGAAGUAGGGGUCGAGCCCAGUCCUCUUCCAUCAGCCUUCAAUGAGUUUGAGGAGAAGAUUGGAAUGGGACCAUUGGAAGAUCUCUCCAGGGCAUUUGAUGAGAGGUUACCAUCAUAUGCACAAGCGAAGGAACCGGAAGAGGAGAAGGUAAGAGCAGAGGAGGAGGAGGAACAAGAAGAGGAGCAGCUGGAACCUCAGGAAGAGCCAGGGGUGAAGAAAGCAGAGGAGGUGGUGAGUGAUGAAGUGGAAGGGCCUUCNNNNCCGGCUGACCUCGCCACUGAUAUGAGACCCCUCAGCAGGCUAAGUAAAGCCAGCAGCCGGGCCAGGUCAGAUGAUUUGACUGUAUGA